AUGCCAUACUGCGCCGGUGGCGACCUAAACACCCUCCUAUCCCGCAAAGGUCCCCUUCCAACCCAAGAAGCCGACUGUAUAAUAACUCAGAUCCUACGCGCGCUUGCCUUCCUACACGAUCACGCCACGGCACACCGUGAUGUCCGCCUCGAGACAGUCCUGCUCACUGCUAGUGGCGCCGUGAAGCUAGCCGGAUUUGGCGAUGGACAUGUCCGGCGGAUAUGGGAGGAGUCUGCUGAGGCUGGAGCAGGCGGAAUUCUUCCCCCGCGACCACAGCCACCUACACAGAGCGCAUGGUCGUUUACACUACCGUGGCCUCUGAAUUCAUUAUGUCGUCAAAAUUCCGAGUCUUCUUCUGGCAAUGACAGUCAGGCCGUCAUUGCGAACUCACCCACUGCUUCGUUUGUGGGUAUGAGGCUCCCGUAUAUUCCUCCGGAGGAAUUCAAACUUCAUUUUCAAUCCCAUUGCCAUGAUGAACAUGGAAACCGAGGUGAAUUUGAUUCUCGACCUGCUGAUGUAUGGGCCACUGCUAUGGUUUACAUGGCGCUUGUCACCGACCGGAUGUUGUGGCGUAGUGCGCGUCCUGAUCAGGAAGACGCGCGGUAUCUGGAGUAUCUUCAUUCUCGUCGCGGGGGAGGAUGGAUACCCGCCAAUUGA